AUGGCGUCCCAAGAACUUUCUGCGCGUCUAAAAUACUUAGAUGAGGCUGCACAUCUUCUCGCGCCAACAGCAUCGGCGGCUUCAAAGCAUAUGAUGCUCCAGUAUAAUUCUCUUCUAUUCGAUGCAACAGACCCUCACAAACCUCUAAAAAACAAGAAUGCCUGCGGAGCGUGUGGAACAAUAAUGAUACUGGGAUGGGAAGCUGCGAUGGAACCCUCAAUUCCUCGAAGUCGCAGAAACGGAAAGAGCAAUGGCAAUGGCAACGGCAGCAAUAGCAAAGCAAUUUCCUACAAAUGUCAGAGCUGUCAUAGAACCACUCGAUAUCCUGUUCUUAACAGACAACGACGACAAAGGCCUGCACCCAAAUCCUCGAGCUCGGCACAUACCCUUACUCCUAUAUCAUCCUCAAACCUACAACCAAAAACAAACCUUUCUGCAUCGGCAGCAUCCUCGGCAAACUCGAACAGCAAGAAACGGGCGAAGAGCAGAAAACAAGGCGGGCUCCAAGCAAUACUAGCAAAGAAGAAUUCCACCGAAGCAGCAAGCUCUGGAUUCGGUCUGGAUCUAUUGGAUUUUAUGAAAAAGUAG